CCUGCUACUGCUAAGCAGCCCCAGCCUCCACCUGUGCCUUCUCCCUGGUCCUGCAAACAAUCCCAAGCACUGGUUCCUGGGUUUCUUAGACACACGUUUGUAGCUCGUAGAGUAGCUGCCCCCUCCCACCAAAGGCAGCAUGCACUUCACCAGCAUUUCUUGCUUUCAGGUUGUAGGCGUGGUGCGGAGGAUGAGGAGGCACCCGAGCAGAAGGUUUCUGUACAAGGCGUGUCCCAGGUCAGGACUUCCAAGGCAGUCGUGUCUCCCCAGAAGGCCCAUCCUCGUGAGGUGUGUGGCCACGACUUGAGAGACAUUUUGCUCUCCACCGAGCACCAGGCAACACUUUGUGGACAGAACCUCUACAAGACUGGGGCAUGUGAGAAACAGUUGUGUUUUGAUGCAAACCUUCGGCACCAGAAGGAGCACAUUGGAGAGAAAUGCUUCAGAAGCAACACGGGCAGAGCUUCUUUUGUGAAGGACUACAAAUUGUGUGUGUCAGGGAAACCCUUUUCCUGCGGGGAGGUUGUCAGGGACAUCUUGGCCACCUCGAGAUUCUUCCAGCAGCAGGCCACACACAGCAGGGAGAAGUCAUACAGGACGACGGAGUAUGGGGCAUCCUCUCGUGGAAGGAGAGCGCAAUGCAACUGGGGAGAAGGCACAGAGGACUUCACUUGCAAACACACACUUGUUCACCACCAGAGAGACCUCGCUAGAGAGAGAUGCUUCACGUGCAGUGAAUGUGGGAAAUCUUUUAGCAAAAGCUACAGCCUCAGUGACCACUGGAGAGUGCACACUGGGGAAAAGCCUUAUGAGUGUGGGGAAUGUGGGAAGUCCUUCAGGCAGAGCUCUAGCCUCAUUCAGCACCGGAGAGUUCACACUGGAGCAAGGCCUCACGAGUGUGACGAAUGUGGCAAAUUAUUUAGUAACAAGUCUAACCUCAUUAAACAUCAGAGAAUUCACACUGGAGAACGGCCGUAUGAGUGCAGUGAAUGUGGGAAAUCCUUCAGCGAAAGCUCUGCGCUCCUCCAACACCGCAGUGUUCACACUGGAGAAAGGCCUUAUGAGUGCAGUGAAUGUGGGAAAUUCUUUACCUACCACUCCAGUCUCAUAAAACACCAGAGAGUUCACUCGGGAUCAAGGCCCUAUGAGUGCAGUGAAUGUGGAAAAUCCUUUACUCAAAACUCCAGCCUCAUUGAACACCGUAGAGUUCAUAGUGGAGAAAGGCCUUAUAAGUGCAGCGAAUGUGAGAAAUCUUUUAGCCAAAGCUCCGCGCUGCUUCAACAUCGGAGAGUUCACACUGGAGAAAGGCCUUAUGAGUGCAGCGAAUGUGGGAAAUUCUUUACUUACAGUUCCAGUCUCCUCAAACACCAGAGAGUACAUACUGGAUCAAGGCCUUAUGAGUGCAGUGAAUGUGGGAAAUCCUUUACUCAAAACUCCAGUCUCAUUAAACACAGGAGAAUUCACACUGGAGAAAGACCUUACGAGUGCAGCGAAUGUGGGAAAUCCUUUAGCCACAGUUCUAGCCUCAUUAAGCACCGAAAAGUGCACUCUGGAGAAAGGCUUUAGGAGGACAGUGACUUUGGGAAACGCUCACCUCUGUCUUCCAUUUCAAUGACCAUUCACAUAUUCACACUGAAACAAAAAAACUUUAUGAGUAUUUGAACGUGGGAUGUUCUUUACCUAUGAGUCCAAGCUCCUAAAACACCACAGUGUCUCCGUAGAUGAAGGCCUGUGAAUGUGAAGAAUGUGGGAAAUGGCUAACCAAAGGCUAGCCCCAUUGCUCUCCAGAGAACUCACGGUAGUGAAAGGCCUUACAGAUGCAGUGAAUAUGAGAAAGCCUUCAUCUGAAGGACUUUACCUCAUAGGACUUCACAAAUUUCAAAUGGGAGAACUACCUUAAAUGUGCAGGUAUUUAAUUGAUGAAUGUAACCACACGGGAGGAGAUCCCUUAGGAAGGUGCCAUCUGCCUGUGUUGAAGCUCAUACAUUCAAACAUCUGCAUAAAUCCCAGGUACGUGGUAGCUGCCUUGCAGUCUUUGAACCCGCCCAGGGGCCAUACCUCAGUGUCAGGGCAAUUGCUGGAUCACUAAUGAAUAGC